AUGCCUGCCUUUUCGUCUCAUCAUUGCCCCAAGUGCGGCCGUGUCGGCAACAAGCACUGCAUUGCUGCCGGACACUACGUCGACUGCGACAUCCACCCCGGAAGCUUUCACUCGGCCCUCACGGGGUGUGUCAAGUGUGCCCAUGCCAAGCAGAGACAGGAGAAGGAGGAGCGUGCUGCCGCGCAGAAAACGAAAGAGGAGGAGGAGGACGACGACGACAGCAAAAAUCAGAAGAAGAAGGCCAAGGCGCCCAAGCCUAAGACGGACUCUCAAAAAAGCAUGAAGCAGUUGCGGAAGGAGAAGAAGGAAAAGAGAAGAUCAGAGGGCAGCCAGGAUUUAUCUCCUUGGUAA